CCCAUACAGAAUUGGCUGGUUUGAUACUUCUACGAUACCUCGUUCGUGUCCAUCAUCCCAUCAUCUCAUCUCCAAUAAUUACUAUACUUUUUUCUUCUUUUUGGGAAUUUGGAAAAUAAAUGCGUAUGUAUGCAAAGUUCGACACGAAAUGCCGCCCCGGUAGCAGCCUAUUUCUGAGAGCUAGGCUUCGCUUAAAAUUUAAGUUAAAUAAGCUCCCUUUAUUAAAUAAGCUCUUGACUUCCCCCAAUGCGUCAUUGUUUUUUCCCGCGCAUUCUCUAUCUUGAUCCAACGGCACCCAGCUGAUCGGACACUGACAACCCAACCUCUGUCACAACUACAUCUAGAACAAUCCUCAUCUCGCCUCGACUGGUAUGCAAUCAAACACGUCUUCAUACGCCUUGACUUCCUCAUCGCUCCUAGGCCUUCUUCCAUCCUAGCCAUGGCUCCGGCCGUCGAAAUAUCCAUCCCAACCACCUCCCUCUCCAGCCCCCCGAACCCUUACACCAUCUACAACAUCACCAUCCGACUCCCACUCCGCACAUUCACUAUCCAGAAGCGCUAUUCAGAAUUCCUCGCCUUCCAUUCCUCAUUAACGAGCCAAGUAACCGCUCCCCCACCCGCCCCCCUGCCUGGAAAAUCGUGGUUCGUGAACACGAACUCAAACACAGCUUAUCGAGAGAAGCGCCGGGAGGGUCUAGAAACAUAUCUGCGUGCCAUAAAUGAGGCAGAAGAUCCACAAUGGCGUAAUUCAAGUGCAUGGCGGGCUUUUCUCAACCUCCCCAGCGCCGCUCUGAGCAACGGCUCCGCCCGUACAUCGUUCAAACAUGCUGCAGCCACAACGCCCGGUGCAGGUGGCACUGCAGGCCCCAUCACGGACCCGACAACCUGGCUCGAUUGCUAUCGCGAUGUCAAGUCACAGCUACACGAUGCCAGGCUCCAUCUCACCCGCCGCGAUCAGGCUGCUACUCCACAGAAACAACACGAGUGCUCCGCGCAGGCGAAGAGCAGUCUUGUUCGCGUGGGAACGCUCCUGACUGGCUUGGAUGAUGGGUUGAAGAAUUUGGGCGAUGGAUCUACCUGGGGUGGGAGUAAACUGGGGAGCGGCGAGCUGAGGCGGAGGAAAGACCUGCUCUCCAGUGCUCGGAAGGAAAAAGAUGGGCUGGAAAAUUUGUUGAACGCCAUGACCGCCAAGGCGAAGUUGGAUAAUGCGAUUGCAUCUGCGCAGGAUAAGGAGGCGCUUGUUGGAGCGGCAAAGCCCAGGCCAGGCCGCGUACUGGGCAAGGAGACGGAGCAGACGAGGGAGCUGGAUAAUCAGGGCGUGUUGCAGUUACAGAAGCAGAUCAUGGAGAAUCAGGAUCUGAACUUGGAGGAGUUGCGGAAGGUUAUAGCCCGCCAGAAAGAAUUAGGGGUUGCUAUUCAUAAUGAGUUGGAGAUUCAGAAUGAGAUGCUUAAGAUGGUGGAUGAGGAUGCGGAGAGAGUAAAUCGCAAGGUCCAAAUUGGGAAGAAGAGAAUAGGAAAGAUAUCCUAGAUUGCCUUCCGUUUGCAACCUUGAAGGGCCUUUGCGAUGUUUUUGCGAGAGCAUUCGAUUUAGCGAGCUGCAAUGGAUUGAUUUCAAUGGCGUUUGUUUUGAAAGUUCCCCAUUAUUUUCACCCAGGGUUCUUGGAUUAUAAUAAAUGUCAGACUAGAAUAUUAAUAAACCGAUUUCAUGUAAUUACCCAAGCCAUUAAAUCAUCCCAUUAGGGACAUGAACGAAACCAGACUCCCAUGUAUCCCAUAUCCCUCCUGAAUCAUGCCAAAUUUGCGCCAACGCCCGACACAUUGCUCAUUUCGCGGAUAAAAACUGUCCGAAUGUUAGGAAAUGUCCUUACGGCCAUCCGAAUGUAAAACAUGAAAUAGGCAGCGGCUACUUACCGCCCGAGCUUCUUCCUCCGUCACGUCAGAAAGUUCAGAGAGCUUCUUAUCAAUCAGCCCAAGCCUAUUCUUCCGUAUAUACCACCACAUCUCACGCCUAUCCCCUCCAAGGUCGUUCCCUAGCAGCUUCACUUUCAAGCCACGGAUGAAGUCAUUAUAGAGGGCUGGUUCCUCAAAGGCAACCAGUUCCUCUUUCAUAGUUCCCAAGCCUUCAACAGCCCGAUCAUAGUUGGCAUCUCCUAGGCUGUGUCUGAUUUGGCUUUCGAUUAUGGCGGACAUUUGUUUCACAGCAUCCUUGACAGCACCAAGGUCCUGCGAACUAACCAAUAGUUGCUUGAAUUCAGGUAUAGCAUUGUUAGCAGAUAUCUUGACUCGUUUCUCUGUCUGCAGGAGCUCUUCGACGUUUAAGCCUGAGAGUGGCUUGUCUGUGUCCCGGUCGCGUUUGCGGCCCUUGGCUUUGGGUGGGACUGUGAUAAAAAAAA